GCUUUCCCAACUUCUCCUCUCUCCCGCCCCGUAUCGCCUCGCCUUUCUUCUCCGGGGAGAUUCCCGAAACCUGAUGUGCUUGAUUGCCCUGGGCGAUCAUUCCACUCGAUGCUCAGUGAUUCGCCAAAGCCAUGAAAUUGAAUGCAGAGACUCUGCAUAUUCACCAUGAACGUGUACUCCUUCAGACCCGCAAGCCCAAUUUGUCUUCCCUGUCGCGUAGGGAUCAGCUCCCAACCGUGCAGCGGGUUCAGUGGAGCUCGCUCUCAAAUAAAGCCGCUCUAGGGUUUCCAAUACGCUUAAGUUCGACGACUUCAGCAUUGGAUAUCAGAAGAUGCUUCUUAAGCAAAUGCAACUCACAGGAUACAUUGGAUUCUUUCGAGCAAAACCCGGAUCAGGAGUUCUCCCAAGAAUCGUUCCAGGUGGAUUACUCAGCGCUCUAUUCCCUUGAUGGGCGGGUUUCUGUCCAAGGAAAGCAGGCUCCCAUCUUAAAGAUCUUGAAGGAAUCAAAUUCUUUCUUGCCUCAUGUCGUCCUUGCUAGCACAUUGCUGGCUAUUUUCUAUCCACCUUCCUUCACUUGGUUUACUAACAGGUACUAUGCCCCAGCCCUGGGAUUUUUGAUGUUUGCAGUUGGGGUAAAUUCCAGUGAGAAAGAUUUCCUUGAAGCCUUUAAAAGACCUGCAGCUAUUUUUGCUGGCUAUGUUGGGCAGUUCAUCGUGAAGCCCCUUCUUGGAUAUCUUUUUGGCAUAAUGUCAGCGACGGUUUUCGGACUACCAACUCCUGUUGGUGCUGGGAUCAUGUUGGUAUCUUGUGUUAGCGGGGCACAGCUCUCGAACUAUGCAACUUUUCUGACAGACCCACCAAUGGCUCCUCUAAGCAUUGUUAUGACAUCAUUAUCGACUGCAACUGCUGUAUUUGUGACGCCACUAUUGUCGCUCUUGCUAAUCGGAAAACGACUACCAGUUGAUGUGAAAGGGAUGGUAUCGAGCAUUCUGCAGAUUGUCGUCGCACCAAUCACUGCAGGCUUGCUUUUGAAUAGGUUCUUUCCCUGGAUCUGUAGUGCUAUAAGGCCUUUUCUCCCACCGCUCUCGGUCUUCGUCACGGCUCUCUGCGUUGGAGCACCUUUAGCAAUAAAUGUGGACUGUAUUGUGUCUUCUUUUGGUCUGUUGAUUUUGUCGCUCAUCAUUGCUUUCCAUCUCUCUGCAUUCAUUAUUGGGUAUUACCUUCCUGGCAUUUUCUUCCAUAAGGCACCCGAUGUGAAGGCACUGCAAAGAACAUUAUCCUUUGAAACAGGGAUGCAGAGCAGCCUAUUAGCUCUUGCGCUUGCUAAUAAGUUCUUCCAGGAUCCACUUGUUGCUGUGCCUCCAGCUAUCUCUACUGUGAUGAUGUCAUUGAUGGGCUUUACUCUCGUCAUGCUCUGGGCCAAGAAGAGGGUAACAUCCUGAAUGAUAGACCUCCCUAGGAAUGGAUUGCAUUGACUAAGACUUUUUUCCUUGCGAUAUACGGACGAUACGGGAUCUAAUGUAGGAACGACGCACCUUAUUUCAUCAAUCAUCAGAACUGUAAUAUCGAGCCUCUUCCAAAACCACAUAAAUGUCGUAGCAGCAGCAUUCACACGAACUGUCCUGAUUGUUUUACUUUUCCCUUCGGAUUAAAUGAAGUCCUUUCCGCCA